UUGGCAGUCGUUCGGUAUAGAUUUUUUCCGUAUUUUCACACAUUUCUCUCCGAAAGUGCAUAGACUGAACGGGAUAAAUCUGUCAUCUGGAAUAGCAUGUCCCAGUGGGCAAGGUGUUCAUUACAUUCUCCUCUCGUUUGCACACUUUCGCAAUAAGCCACAAUCAAAAUUAGUGUAUAUAUACUCGCCUACAUCAUUUUUCGUUAGUAUUAUUUAUACGGAUUCCACAUUAGUUGCACAUAUGCAGUACAUGCACAACGUUUAUAUUGUGUCGUGUACAUACAUAUAUCAAGUGUCAAGGUCGUUUACUCGAAUAUAAAAUGUAAAAGUGGCCGCGGAAAAAAUGUGGACUUUAAAAAUGUAAAAUGUCAGACAAACUAAAGUUCGUAGUCUUUGAAGGAAAAAGAGUUAAAAUUUGCCGACUUAUUUUCAUACUGUCUAUGUAAAAGUGUUGCAAAAAAAAACACCACAUAUUUAAUGUACGAUUAGUAUUUUGUACUUUGUACCCAAUUAUGAAACAGAGUGCACUUUAAUUCUUUAUCUAACUUGUAGAGGAUGUGAAAAAGCUGACAAUGUCCCCACCAAAUCCACCGGCACUGUUCGCCACUCAAUAGGUAAACCCAUCUCCCACAUUCUUGCCUAGCCUACCUGUGCCUUCUUCGCUUGCUGGAGAACCGGUUACUAACUCGCACAUAUACCUGCUCCACUAGUGAGCCCACUGUUCUUGUCCACCUUGUUAGAAUAUUCACCAAAUAGUAAGGUACUAGAUACACAUACAUACAAACGUCAUUUUGUGGUAUAACAUAUUUUGCCCAAUUCUUGUUAAAGAGAUUACAAAAUUAAGAGUCACCGAGCAAAAAAAAAGUUGGCAAGGUUUCGCUCCAUUCCUCUACACACAGUAAAGUCUCUGUCUGGAUGUGUAUGUACAGACUAGGGGCCGCUCAUGAAGGUUGUGACCACAGUUAUAGAGAAUUUUGACGCAUUUCCUGCUACAUGAUUAACCCCGCCCUUUUUGCGCAGUCCCCCACAAAGAAAUAAAACAUUAUUGCGCUCACAAUAAUGCAAAGGAUGUGGGCAAUUAAGGCGUUCGUCCAGGAGCGAGUGAAGUGCAUUGAGUAGGCGAAAUCUUAUCAUCAACCCUGCCAAGACCAAGACCAGUUGUGACUGAAACGUGAAGCAAGAAUGGUGCAAAAUUAAUGUGUGUGGUGUGCGAACUUUUCCUAACAUGCGAAUUUAUGCAUGUGAAGUGUAACUUUUCGCGAAACGUUUUUCUACAUACAGAAUAUUUAUGAGUAUUCUCUUGAAGUUUCCGGCUGUACUAGAAACGACAUAUAUCAAAUUUGUGAGAAAUAUUAAAUCAAAAUUUCAUCAUCAUGAAGGGCCGAUGUAAAUGGAAAGCCGCAAUUUUGGUGCUUAUCAUGGUCGGACUUUUCAAAGAAUUCCGUCCCUCUGGACCAUUCCUCGUCGACUAUGCCGUCGACCAUCAGAACUUCACGCAAGAACAGAUGGUACACGAAGUCCUUCCGGCCACGACGGGGACGUACAUCGUGUCCCUGUUUUUCCUCACCAUGGUGACGGACGCUUUCUCCUACAAGCCCAUCAUUGUGAACUCCGGGGUGUACAAUUGCAUCACGUGGGCCAUCACCAUCUGGGGGUAUCACAGCAUUAAUAUGGCACGGCUCCGCCAAAUCUUCUACGGCAUUUCCACCACUUGUACGGAAGUCGCCUAUUUCACCUACAUGUACGCCAACAUUGAGAAAUGCGAGUAUAAAAAGGUCACGUCCUACACCCAUUCGGCAGUACAUUUUGGCCAGUUCAUUUCCGGAAUGACUGGACAACUUCUGAUCUCCUUUAAUCUGAUGGACUUUGAGGAGCUCAACUAUCUCAGUUUGGCAGGUGGGGUGGGCUCCGUCAUCUUUUCCAUUCUGCUCCCACGCGUCCUCAGGGACGUCGAGGACGAGAAGGCACUGAAGGGCCAAAAGGCGGACGAAAAUGAUCCGGAACAACCCAUGAAACAAAUAGAGGAAGAGGGCGGGAAGGAUAAAAAAGAAUCGCCAUCCCCGAUCCCCACCGGACUCAACUACACAAGAAAUGUGGGGUUAGAAAAACAACCAUCACGUUGUCAACGGUGGCGUGAAGCCCCCACUCACUGGAAAAAUAACUUACGCUACGCCUACACCAAUCGGGACAUUAUUAAGUGGUCGGUGUGGUGGGCGAUGUCGUACGGCCUCUACAUCCAGGUCGAUCUCUACGUGGAAGGACUCUGGAAAGAGAUUGAGCACCACAGCCAUCAAAACGUGUACAACGGAGCGGUCCACGCUUCCCAUGCAAUCAUCAGUGUCGUUCUUGGUUUGAUUGUUGGCCGAACAAAGACCUGUUGGAUCAAGUGGGGUUGUCUUGUUUUCGGAGUGUCGACCUUCCUCCAGGGCGUCGCGUUGUUCGUCAUGGCAAAAACGCACGACUUGUACGUUGCCUAUGGAAUGUUCAUCCUGUUCCAGACCAUGUUCCAGGUUUUGGUCAUCAUUGCGAAAUCUCAAGUCGCAGAAUCCACCCGAGAAAGAAGUGAGGCCUUCAUCUUCGGGAUGAAUACACUCACGGCGUGCAUCAUUCACCUCCUUCUGACCAUGGCGGUCACCUCGCGGCACGGAUUCCACCUCCCAAUCCGCGACCAGUACUUCGUCUACGGCGUGUACGGCAUCCUCCUCGGCGUCGGAUUCGGUUGCUACGACCUGCCGAGCAAGUUGGCUGACAAAACCCAAAGUUGGAGACAUGAUGUGCGAAAUAGUAUGCGAAGAUUUGCCAAGGUGCGGGUGGAAGAUGAGAAAACUGCAAAUGAUGAAGAGAAAGAAAUGGAGACAAUUUCCGCAAAUAUGCCAUACUCCAUUCCGAGAGAGCACUGACAUGAAAUUUGCGAAAAAUAUGUACAUAUUUCUGAGUACUUUUAUGCGGUCCUGAAGUAUUAAAUAAUUCCCAAAAUAUUUUUGCAAAAUACAGAUAAAUGUUGAUAAAGGUGACAUUGAUUUAAAUAUGCAAAUAUCGUUAUUAAGCAGCUAGUAAAUAAUAACUGGAUAUGGAGUUGACUUAGAUAUACAUAAAAUUUCUAAAUGUUGUCUGAUGUUGCACUAUCACUACUUAUGUGGACUAAAAUACUCUUAUUGUAAUCCUGACAAAUUUAAAAUGUGAUCAAUUUGUUCAAUAAUAAAGGUGAAUAUUAAGCUAAUAACCUGCACCGCUGGAAAAACAAA